UGCAAGACGUGGGUGUCGCUCAUGGCCCCACUGUGGCUGGGGGUCUCAUCGUGGAGAUGAAGCUGCUUCUGGCCAUGGCGGGAGUCGUCACCACACUCGUCCUGGCCCAGCCCUGUGAGGGCACUGCCCCAGCUUCCCCCCUGGCAGUGGAGACCUCGGUCCUUAAGAGCUGCAUCACAGAGGCCAAAUUGCUGGUGGAUGCUGCCUACAAUCAGACUCAGAGGAGCAUCAAGCAGCGUUUUCGCAGCGGCUCUGCCAGCCCCAGGGACUUCCUGUUCUACUUCAAACAGCCCCUGGCAGCCACCAGGACACUCGUUCAGGCCUCCGAUUACAUGCAUGUGGCCUUAGGGCUGCUAGAGGAGAAGCUACAACUCCGGGGGUCUAAUUCCUUCAACGUCACUGAUGUGCUAACGGAAUCCCAGCUGUGGCUGCUGUCCAAGGCCAGUGGCUGUGCUGCCCUGUCCAAGGACCAGGGCGAGAAGUGCAGUGACACGUACCGCACCAUCACAGGGAGAUGCAACAACAAGAAGAUACCCUGGCUGGGGGCCUCCAAUACUGCCCUGGCUCGCUGGCUGCCGGCCGAGUACGAGGAUGGCCUAUCGCUCCCCUUCGGCUGGACCCCUGGCAAGAGGCGCAAUGGCUUCCUCCUCCCUCUUGUCCGGGCAGUCUCCAAUCAGAUCGUGCACUUCCCCAGAGAGAGGAUGGCCUCUGACCAGGACCGGGCCCUCAUGUUCACGCAGUGGGGCCAGUUCAUUGACCAUGAUCUGGACUUCGCCCCUGAAACCCCAGCCAGAGUGACCUUCACUGCAGGCGUUGACUGUGAGAAGACCUGUGUCCAGCUGCCCCCCUGCUUCCCCAUCAAGAUUCCGGCCAAUGACCCCCGAAUCAAGAACCAGCGAGACUGCAUCCCCUUCUCCCGCUCGGCAGCCUUCUGCCCCCAAAACAGGAACAUCAUUCGAAACCAGAUCAAUUCACUCACCUCCUUCGUGGAUGCCAGCAUGGUGUACGGCAGUGAGGUCUCCCUCUCCCUGCGCCUCCGCAACAGGACCAACUUCCUGGGGCUACUGGCCAUCAACCAACGCUUCACUGACAACGGCCGGGCGCUGCUGCCCUUCGACAACCUGCACGAUGACCCCUGCCUCCUCACCAACCGCUCCGCGCGCAUCCCCUGCUUCCUGGCAGGUGACAUUCGAUCAAGCGAAAACCCGUCACUGGCAGCCAUGCAUACCCUCUUUAUGCGAGAGCACAAUCGGCUGGCUACAGAGCUGAGAAGGCUGAAUCCCCAGUGGACUGGAGAAAGGCUGUACCAGGAGGCUCGGAAGAUAGUGGGGGCCAUGGUCCAGAUCAUCACCUACCGAGACUUUCUGCCCCUGGUUCUAGGCAAGGCCCGGGCCAGGAGAACCCUGGGGUCCUACACGGGGUACUGCUCCAAUGUGGACCCUCGUGUAUCCAAUGUCUUCACCCUGGCCUUCCGCUUCGGGCACACCAUGCUCCAGCCCUUCGUGUUUCGCUUGGACAGCCAGUACCAGGCCUCAGCACCCAACUCACGUGUUCUGCUCAGCUCUGCCUUCUUUGCCAGCUGGAGAGUUGUGCAUGAAGGUGGCAUCGACCCCCUCCUUCGGGGCCUCAUGGGCACCCCUGCCAAGCUGAACCGGCAGGAUUCCAUGUUAGUGGAUGAGCUCCGGGACAGGCUGUUUCAGCAAGUGAGAAGAAUCGGGCUGGACCUGGCGGCUCUCAACAUGCAACGCAGCCGGGACCACGGCCUCCCAGGCUACAAUGCUUGGCGGCGCUUCUGUGGGCUCUCCCAGCCCAGAAAUCUGGCACAGCUUAGCCAAGUGCUGAAAAACCGGGUCUUGGCAAGGAAGUUCCUGGAUCUGUACGGGACACCUGACAACAUCGACAUCUGGAUCGGGGCCGUUGCAGAGCCGCUCUUGCCAGGGGCCCGAGUGGGGCCUCUUCUGGCUUGUCUUUUUGAGAACCAGUUCAGAAGAGCCCGAAGUGGAGACAGGUUCUGGUGGCAGAAACGAGGUGUUUUCACCAAGAGACAGCGCAGUGCCCUGAGCCAGAUUUCCUUGUCUCGAAUUGUAUGUGACAAUACUGGUAUCACCAUGGUUCCGAGGGACAUUUUCAGGGCCAACAACUACCCCCGGGGCUUUGAGAACUGCAGGAGCAUCCCCAGGCUCAACCUGUCAGCCUGGCGAGGCAAAUAAGGCUUCUGCAGGACUCCACCCCAAGCCUCCAACCUUGGAGACAGGGAACCUGGGGAAGACCACACGUUUACCUUUUCCCCCUGGAGCAACC